UUCGAACAAUAGUCAAAACAUGAAAUCUUUUCAUAUUCUAUUAUAGAUGCCAUCUACAAUAGUACAUGAGAAGUGAAUUGCGUUAAUUUGAUAUACAUGAAACAAAUGUCAGCCUUUCAUUCACAUCUGCUACAUUAAUCAUUAAGUUGUUGAACAUUUAAGGCGAAAAGUUCGAACACCCCUAUUGGAAACCACAAGAGAAAGCAUAACUCACACAAGCAUCUCAGCUAGUUCACCCGUUCGACUAGUGUUGGUAUACUUGAUGGAAUGGAUUGCUCAUCCUUUUCUAACACUGAAAAUAUCAUAGUUGUGCAACAGAGCUGGGAAAUGGGAUUUCUCAAAAUGUUCAUCGAUAUUCAUCAGCUGAUUUGCAUUGCCCAGCGAGUUUUAACAAGCAUGAUUGAACUGUUCUAAAUUCUCACUAUCCUUGUCCAGACGAAGUAUAGAAAUUAUUGUUUAUUUUAAAUCAGACACGUGCGAAUGAUCGUUGGAUAUAAUUAUAAUAAAUAAUGUUGUUGAAAAUAUAAUCUAAAUCACUACAACUUUAAAUGGCUUCAACACUCUGGAUUCACUGCAAUUUGUGUUACUAUUUAUUCUAUCGGAAGGAUCGCAAAUUUUACCAGCUUUCUUGUCUCCAUGUGUUUUGUAAGGAUUGCAUGGCUCAAAGCAAUCGCGGAACGAUUUGCCCUGUAUGCAAAAGGCAAGGGAUUAAAUUUGUAGAAAUAUGCAAUGCGAUGGAUAAUAAAGUCAAAACUCUCUAUGCUCCAAAUACUUCAAAGUCUAUAGAGCUAGCUUCUACUUCCAUAAAUUUCCAGAAAAAGCAAAAACAACAUCUCAUUUCUCAGCUGAUUGCAACCGUAAGAACUAUUUUAAUGUCACCGUCAAUAUUCAAUAAUAUGACUUCAAUUACGCAAUACCUUAAGGAAGAAAAACUUGAAAAAACCGAACAAUUUGAACAAAUAUUGCGGCAGAAGAUCUACGAAUAUCAACAAAAAUAUAUCAAAGUGCGUGCGCAACGGCGCAGUAUGCAAGAUGCGCUUCGGAAACAAGUUGAUUCAUCCCCGGAGAUCACACCGAAACUACAAAGAGAUCGUAACAAGCGUCAAACGGACUUUUUCGAGAGCAACUCGGAAAGCAUAAACAGUGACAGAUCUAAGAGAACUUCCAGCAGUCGCAAUUCUUCCGAUUCAUUUCUGAAUUUAAAGGGAGUUUCAACGUCUUCAGAGUCAAUACACUCAGUAAAUUUUGGCACCACACCUUCCAGUGGCCCUUAUUCUGCAGGUGGGAUAAGUGAUCUCUUUUACGGGAUGAAAAUUGGACACAGAUAGACAAAUUAUAGCAGACUCUCAUUCCUUGUAAUUAAAAUAUUAAUUCAACAGAUAUUA